AUGGAUCAAAUCGAGUUUCGUGCUGUCAUCAAAUUCCUUACCAAGCAAGGAAAACCUCCUCAAACCAUUAUGAAUGAGAUGGAAACUGUUUAUGGGGAUCAGUGCCCUGGUAAAACAAUGAUUUACAAGUGGCACGGUCUUUUCAAACAUGGCAGAGCAUCAAUUGAAGACGAUCCUCGCCCAGGGCGGCCAGUUGAGGCCACCACAUCAGACAAUGUUGAAAAAAUCGAAAAAUUCAUAUUGGAAGAUGCCCGUCUGAAGAAGAAACAGCUGUCUGCAUUAGUAGGAGUAUCAGACACUACCAUUUUGAGGAUCCUACACGAUCAUCUUGGCAUGACGAAAGUCAGUGCAAGAUGGGUGCCGAGAAUGCUCACGCCGCCUCAAAAGCAACAAAGAAUCGAUGCAUCAAAGCACUUCUUGGAGCUGUGUGGCGCAGAACCUACCCCAAUUUUGGAGCAAAUUGUUACUGAAGAUGAAACUUGGGUUCAUCACUUUGAGCCCGAGUCCAAACAGGAGUCAAUGCAAUGGCAUAAAAAGGGUACACCACCCCCUAAGAAGUUUAAGGUGUCGGAAUGGGCUGGAAAAAUCAUGGCUACGGUUUUUUGA